AUGCCCGUCGCUUGGAUCAUGUUCCUCGCGUACCUUUCCUACGGAAUUCCCUCUGUCCUACUCUACUUUCUCACCUUGUUCAUCGUGAUUCGUCACCGAAAAACGUUCGACUCUUCGUUCUUCCAACUCUAUUGCUUCGACGGGCUCAUGAACUUGUUCACCUACACCGUCGGAUACUUGAAAACGCGGCUGAGCAGUAUCACGUGCUACCAUUGCGUACUGGCCCUGUUUUACAGAAACAUUGGUGAGAUGGAUCGUCCAGAACUCUCCGAGUACUGUAGAAAACUUCAGGAAACUGUCCAUCGCUCUUGAACUUUGUAAUGUGUAUGAACUACCACAUGGCCUAUGUACAGUACGCCAUCACUUCGCUAAUUUCCCUAAACCGUUUGUCAGUCCUACUCAAGUUCAACACUUGUGAACCGCUCUGGAGAAAGUACACGUGGCUGCUGGUUCUGGCCAUUUUUCUAUUCCCAUUUUGCAAUACUCGUUGUGUGUUCAUGUACACUGCCGAAAUAGUGUACCUGAACGAGUCGGAUAGUUAUAAUCUUGUGUCUAAGCAAUUGGUGGGCACGAUUUCUUUUUCGUUAGGACAUCAAUAUAUGCAAUCGUUUAGCCUGCCAGCGACAUCUUCUCCGUGCUCAUUCCCUUCAUGAUCGUCAUUAUUCUGAUUUCGGUGGCCGCCAAUGUGGCCAGCCUCAUAAUAGUUGGCAAUAUAAACAAUAGUCAGACGAGGAACAAGGCAGAAGUGAACUUUAUCGUUAUAAUGUCGAUCACUUGCCUCGUCCAACUCAUCGGCACCGUGCUGAGUGUGGCAACUCUGAAACUUUCGGGAACUCCGGCCGCUCUCGUUCUCGCCAAGAUUGUUCCGUUCGUAAGUGACGGAUUGACGCUGGUACAGCCCUGGCUCUUGAUCGGUUUCAGUCACGCGGUACGGAUGAACAACUUGAAUUUAUAAACGUAUGGCAUUUAAGGUCAGAGAAAAGGCUAGACUGAUGUUCGCAUCGAGAUGGUCACCAAAGAAGCACAGUGUCAGCGUCGUCGCCCGUUCCGCCACAUUCUGA